AUGACACAAUCAAGUGGAGCUCCAAAGGCGAUUCUGUUCACUGACUGGGAUGGAACAGUCACUCUGCAGGAUUCCAACGAUAACCUUACUGAUAAACUUGGAAUGGGCUAUGAGAAGAGAAAGGUUCUCAAUGACAAAAUCUUGGACGAGACUCUUUCAUUUAGGGAUGGAUUUACUGAGAUGCUGGAGUCCAUCCAUGUUCCGUUUGACAAGUGCAUCGAGCAUCUGUUGAAGGAAAUCGAACUGGACCCUGGAUUCAAGAAGACUUAUGAAUGGUGCAAUUCUCAGGGAAUUCCUGUGGUGGUUGUUUCCAGUGGAAUGAAGCCUAUCAUUCAGGCCCUUUUAACCAAACUCGUUGGUGUGGAGGCUGUCGAGAACAUCGAAAUCAUUUCCAACUCUGUGCAAGUCAACGAUGACAAAUCCUGGAAAAUCGUCUACAAGGAUGAUUCCAGUUUUGGUCACGACAAGUCUCGUUCAAUCAGGGAGUAUCUGGCACGUUUGCCCGAGGGGAGCAAGCCUGACCUGUUCUACUGUGGUGAUGGUGUAUCUGACUUGAGUGCUGCUAGAGAGACUCAUUUGUUAUUUGCCAAGAGAGGAAGGGACCUGGUGACCUACUGUAGAAGAGAAGGCAUUCCUUUCACUCAAUUUGACUCAUUUGCAGACAUUCUAGAUAAGAUCCAGCAAGUUGUCAGAGGUGAGAAGCCCAUCACUUUCUUCGCUGAAAAAUGA